AUGGAGGGAGCAAAAGACGGAGGAAACAAAAUUCUGUUUGUCACGGUAGGGUCGCACAAAUUCGAUGAUCUAAUAAGGCACAUCGACACGAAGGACUUCCACAGCUUCCUCCGACGUGAAGGCUUCGCCAAAAUGAGCAUCCAGAUUGGGGAGGGCACCUACGAACCAAAAUUGACCUACAGACAUAGCAGCAAUAACAAGGAAUUCCUAAAACGGGUGAAGUUCUUUCGAUACAAAAAGGACUUACUAAAGAAUUUUCAAAAGGCUGACCUUAUUUUAAGUCAUGCUGGCGCAGGGACUACCGUCCAAGGGUUACGUAUGAAGAAGAAAAUGCUAAUAGUAGUAAACGACAAAUUAAUGGAUAACCACCAGUUGGAGUUUGCAAGAUUUUUACGUUCGAUGAACUACUUGGAGGUGUGCGAAUGCUUGGGGGACUUGCGGGAUCGGGUAUUGCACUGUCUGCAGACGCCCGCGUUUACGCCCUUCCCCGCCCCGCGGCCGGAUCUGUUCCUGCGGGAUCUGCGCAAGGUGAUGGACGGAGUGGCCUAA